AUGCAAUACGACAACUCGACCCUCACUAUCACAUCCGUCGGCACUCCGGACCCCUUUGUGACCCUCUUCAGAGGCCGCUACUACCUCACCUUCACAGCCGGAAACAGGGUCGAAAUAUGGUCUUCCCCUAGUCUAGCUGAUAUUGAAAAUUCCGCUGCUAGACAUGUAAUUUGGACUCCUCCACAGGGCACUGACCACUCCGCCGAUCUCUGGGCUCCCGAGCUUCACGCCCUUCAUGGCCGAUGGUACGUCUACUACGCCGCCGCGAACCCGGCCCGCGGGAAUAAGAGUCACCGGAUGUAUGUUCUAGGCGGUCCCCCGGCGUCGGAGGACCCUUGUCGAGGCCAAUGGGAAUUCUUGGGCCGCAUCAACGAGAUGCCGGACCAUUGGGCGAUCGACGGCACUGUGUUCGAGAUGAACGGUAAACUGUAUUUCGUGUAUUCGGGCUGGCCCCUGGACGACCCCGACGACUCGUCGGACCUCAUGCAGCAGCUGUACAUCAUGAAGCUCCAGGACCCGAUUAGCGCUGCUAGCCCUGCUGUCGUUAUCUCCCGCCCGCAGCACCCCUGGGAAAUCACGCGCGAAGGCAACGGUACGGAUCACGGCAUCAACGAAGGACCGCAGUUCUUGAGCUCUCCCGACGGAGGUAUCUCUUGGCAGGGAUUAGUCUACUCGUGCGCUGGCAGCUGGACUCACGAAUACAAGAUGGGGCUGCUGCAGUACGUAGGCGGCGACCCUCUAGAUCCGGCCUCGUGGCGGAAAGGCGAAGAGCCGCUCGUCCAGACGCGGAGACACGGUACGGGACCGUUCGGGCCGGGACACGGAUCGUUCCUCAAUAUCGGCGGGCAGGUGGUGGCCAUAUACCACGCGACCGACAGCCCGACGGACGGGUGGGAGAACCGGCGGGCUCGGGCGCAGCGGGUGGCGUUUACGGACGAGGGGCCGUACAUGGGCCGAUCGUUCGGGCUAGAACCCGCCCGUCCGGAGGGCGGCGGCGGCAGCAGCUUUGUCCGCAGGCUGAAACAGCGGUUCGGGAGGAGCGGGCGCGGCAAGCAGGGGUUGGCUGGCGAGAAGAGCUUGAAGGCUCUGUUGGGGAAUAGGGCGACGUGUACUUAG